ACAAUAUCAACAUGCACAAGUAGUACUAUAAAUAGCUAAGGAUUCUCCAACAUAUGCAUGCACAACUAGUAAAACGAUCUCCUUGAAAUCAUACAUUUCAUUUGCAUUUGCUUUUCAAGCUCUCCUUAAGUACCAGCUACCUUGGUUGUUUCCAGUUUUCCAUUUCCGAAAAUGGCUCCAUUCAAGUCACUAGCUCUUGUUGCUUUGCUUGUUGGUAUCUCCUUGUCAUCUAUUAAUGUAUCAGAAGGCCGAGUUGCUAGGAAGGAUUUAGGUGUGGAUCUUGGAGGAAUUGGGGUUGGAGGAGGAGUAGGCCUGGGUAUAGGACUUGGAGGAAGCGGAAGUGGGUCCGGGGCAGGGUCAGGGUCAGGGUCAGGAUCUGGGUCCAGGGGAAGUAGUUCUUCUUCGAGUUCAGCCUCAUCGAGUGCUAGUUCGAGUUCAGGGUCAGGCGAUGCAGGCUCCGAGGCAGGGUCAUCUGCAGGGUCUCGGGCCUCGUCAGGGUCAGGGAGAGAUGCUCGAGGCGGUGGUGGUGGGCGAGGUGGGGGUUCGGGGUAUGGACGUGGCGAGGGUUCAGGCCGGGGCAGUGGCGAGGGUAACGGUGAGGGUCAUGGUGAAGGCCGUGGCUAUGGUGAGGGUUAUGGCAGUGGAGGCGGAAACUGAGAGGAUGCAAUUACGUACCAAUGCAUGGAGCUAAAGUAGUGAUAAUAAAGUACAUAAAUAAGGAAGAUGGUGAUUCUGAGUAGCAUUCAGAUCUGAUGUUUAGCCUUGAAUCAUCAUCUUUGUAAUUGGUUCAUUUCAUAUUAUAUAGUUAAAUGGUGUUCCUGUUCAUGUAUCCCACUUCAGUUUUCUUCAGCUUGUAGACUAGAUCAUGAAACUGCUCCCUAAACAUAUAUAUUUUGGGUGCAAUGUUAUUAUCAAUCAUAUGUAUUGUUACCUUGAUGAGAUGGUCAAAUACUAACUGUUCCUUAU